CCCAUCAUCAGCCCCGGAUCAUCCCCCCUGCUGUGAGGAGACACACCAGCUCAGCCCGGACCCUACACUAACCACACGCCCACCACCUCACCACUGUGAAACAGAACCAGCUGAGGCCACUUUCCCCCUCCUCAGUCCCUGCCCAACAACCCCUUAUACAGCAUCGGCAACAGAGCCAUGGAGCAGCACGUCCCCCUCCCCAUCCACAGCAGCAGAGCUAUGCUGCAGCUGUAGCCCGGCCUGCUGUCACAGCCCCUCCCCCUGCUACCUGUGAGCUGAGAGACAUCAGGGAGAUGCUGCACACCCUGUGUACCCGGCUUCUGUCCAGCUAAGAUAUAUUUACUCAGAGCACUUUCCCAUUUGAGUUACAAAACAACAUGGACAUAUAUUUGUUAGUUAGUAAUAGUAAUAGUAAUAGCAAUAGUAGUAGUCAGUACAAUGGUAAUAUUAUUGAAAAUAGUACAUCUCCAUGGAAUUAAUAUCAAAUUAUUAUUUUAAAUAUAUAGAUAGUAGAAGGUUUUUUAAAUAUUUGUCUCACUAUACAGGUUCAUUUUGAUUGUUUUCUUUUUGAUGCGUUCAUUUCAUAUAAGCUGUUGGAAUAUUCAGGGUCUCCACUCCUCAACCUUUGAGCUGAAGAGUGGAAACCCUGAGUUCAUGAAAUCUAUCAAAGACGUUGAUAUCAUUGUAUUGACAGAAACAUGGUGUCAAGAUGAUUUGCUCACUCACUGUCCCCCCGGAUAUAAUGAAGUCAUGGUGCCCUCCAUUAAACUAAAAAACAUGCAAGGGUAGAACAUCGGGGGGGGAUUUUGGUGUGGUAUAAAGGAGAUCCUUGCAAUCAGAUCUCACCAGUAAAACAGGGCAAAUCGCACAUUUGGUUGAGGUUAGAUCAAACCCUAGACAUAACCGAUAGGGAUCUAUACCUCUGUGCAAUUUACAUACCCCCAGUGGAUUCUCCAUAUUUUGAAGAGGACAUUUUUGACACCCUGAAUUCAGAAAUUGCCUAUUUCCAGGCCCAGGGAAAUGUACUUCUAACUGGAGAUCUAAAUGGACGUACAGGAAUUGAACCUGAUAUCACACAGGGCAACAACUAUGUAUUUGGUCAGGCCCCCCUGUUUACCACACCAAACAUCACCCGUCGGAAUAACCUUGACUCAAUAUUAAAUCAAAGUGGCAUCUCUGUCGGGCCUUAGGCUUGUACAUAGUUAAUGGUAGGUUCAGAGGGGACUCUUUAGGGAGUUUCACAUACUCCUCAGCUCUUGGGUCUAGUGUUGUAGACUAUGCCAUCACUGACAUGGACCCCUCAACUAUCAGUGCAUUCACUGUCAGACAGCAAUCCCCCCUUUCAGACCACAACCAAAUUUAUGUGUUCUUUAAAUUGUCAGGUCAAAUUAGUGACACAAAAAGGGAACCCAGUAAGCUGUAUAAAUGAAAUCCUUCUUACAGAUGGGCCCCAGACAGUGGAGACAAAUUCAUCAAGGCUUUGAACUCCCCUGAUCUGAUGAAUUACAUAUCAAUAUAUACUCACAAUCAAUGUAUCCCUACCAGAGAUGGGGUAAACAAGGCCAUUGAGGAUAUCAAUAUGAUAUUUCAUAAGGCAGCUAUUAGGGCUGACCUCAUAAAGCAAAGAAGGAGACCUGUUAAAAGGCAAAAUACUGACAAAUGGUUUGAUCAAUAAUGCAAAACAAUCAGAAAAGAGCUGAGAAAAAUAGCAAAUGAGAAACAUCGCCAACCGAACAACUCAGCCCUGCGCAUUCGAUACAAUGAAAUUUUAAAUACAUAUAAAUACACAAUUAGGAUCAAAAAACAAAAUUAUACCCAAUUGAAACUUGAAGAUAUUGAGAAUGCCAUUAACCAAAAUCAAUACUCGGAUAUGUCGAACAAGUUCAACACAAAGCAACAGCAGACAUAACCCAUCCAAAAUGGUGAAAUCUGGAAUAAUGGAAUAAUCACAUUUUGAAAAUCUGUACAAAGACAUACCAAUCAAUCAAAUUAAUUCAGAUCAAAGUAUUAUGAAAGAAAAACUCCAAAAAUUAGAAGAAACAAUGAAAGACAACCAAAACCCCCUUGAUUUCGAAAAUUACUGGGAAGAAAUAACCACACAGACAAAAUGUCUGAAGCCAAGGAAAGCCUGUGGUCCAGACAGCAUCAAAAACUGCUCAAAAGAAAUGCUCAAAAGCAGCACCCCAGAAAUGCAGGGUGCAGUGUUACAUUUGUUCAAUGUUUUACUACAGGCAGGAUGUUUUCCCAACCUCUGGUGCAAAGGGCUCAUUUCCUCCAUUCAUAAGAGUGGGGACAAAUCAGACCCUAAUAACUACAGUGGCAUCUGUGUCAGCAGCUGUCUAGGUAAACUAUUCUGUAGUAUUCUUAAUACAAGAAUACUAGAUUUCCUUGAGGAACAGUCAAUCUUAAGUAAAAGUCAGAUUGGCUUCCUGCCAAAACACCGCACCACCGACCAUGUAUAUACCCUUCACACUUUAAUCAACAAACAUGUACAACAAACUAAGAAUGGAAAAAUAUUCACCUGCUUUAUUGAUUUCAAGAAAGCUUUCGACUCUUAUUUGGCAUGAAGGGCUCUAUUACAGACUUUUAAACUGUGGUAUAGGUGGCAAAAUGUAUGAUCUGGUUAAAUCAAAGUAUUUGGAAAACAUGUGUGCUGUUAAAAUUGGAGACAAACUAACUGAUUUCUUCCCCCAGAGAAGAGGCGUUCGGCAGGGUUGCAAUCUUAGUCCGACUUUAUUUAAUGUGUGAAAUGAACUGGCUGUUGAGUUGGAUAAAUGCGCUGCUCCGGGCCUCUCCCUCCUAGAUAGAGAGGUGAAGUCUCUGUUUUAUGCUGAUGACCUUGUUCUACUGUCUCCUACUGAACAAGGACUACAGCUACAGCUGGACGUAGUAGAAAAGUACCGUCAGAACUGGGCCCUGGCAGUAAACAUGAAGAAAACCAAUGUCAUGAUCUUUCAAAAACGCCCCAGGUGUCAUGAGAACAAACACCAAUUUACCAUCAAUAAUCAUGUCAUUGAACACAGCAUGAGUUAUACAUACCUUGGAAUAACUAUAAUAGCAUCAGGGAGUUUCAACAUGGCAGUGAAUGCUCUAAAAGAAAAAGCUCGAAGAGCUCUAUAUGCAAUUAAGAGAACAUUUUAUAAUUUCCAUAUUCCAAAAAAAAUCUGGCUUAAAAUAUUUGAUAGUGUCAUCCAGCCCAUUGCGCUGUACGGUAGUGAAGUAUGGGGUCCACUCAGUCAUCAGAACUUUACUUGUUGGGACAAACAUCCAACAGAAUCUCUACAUGCAGAAUUCUGCAGAUACACGUACACAGAAACACACCAACAAAUGCAUGUAGAGCAGAAUUAGGCAGAUACCCACUGAUAAUUAACAUUCAGAAGAGAACGCUCAACUUUUUUAACCACCUGAAAUCCAGCCCCAGAGACACCCUCCACUCCAAAGCCCUCCAAACCCAAGAGCCGAGCACAGAAAAGAGUCCCCUAUGUCAGUUGGUACUGAGACUAACUGCCCCCUCUCAGACACACUCUGACCAGCCUCACAACAACACUGCUCUACAAACAGUAAUCAGAGUAAAGCAAAUUAUAGCACAAUGUAAAGAAAGCUAUCUGGACCAUUGGGAAGAAACAACUAAAAUCCAAAGUAGAUUGGAAUGUUAUCUUGCCCUUAAAAGAGAUUGUGAAUUAGCAGAAUAUCUCUUUACUGUCAGAGAUAGAAAGCAGAGACAGAUCCUAACCAAUUACAGGCUCAGUGACCACAAACUGGCAAUCGAAACAGGAAGACACAAAACGCUCAACUUUUUUAACCACCUGAAAUCCGUACGCAGAGACACCCUCCACUCCAAAGCCCUCCAAACCCAAGAGCCGAGCCCAGAAAAGAGUCCCCUAUGUCAGUUGGUACUGAGACUAACUGCCCCCUCUCAGACACACUCUGACCAGCCUCACAACAACACUGCUCUACAAACAGUAAUCAGAGUAAAGCAAAUUAUAGCACAAUGUAAAGAAAGCUAUCUGGACCAUUGGGAAGAAACAACUAAAAUCCAAAGUAGAUUGGAAUGUUAUCUUGCCCUUAAAAGAGAUUGUGAAUUAGCAGAAUAUCUCUUUACUGUCAGAGAUAGAAAGCAGAGACAGAUCCUAACCAAUUACAGGCUCAGUGACCACAAACUGGCAAUCGAAACAGGAAGACACAAAACAUCAUGGCAACCAAAAGAAAACAGAAAAUGUGGUCACUGUUCGAGGUGAGGUUGAGACAGAGAUGCACUUUCUCCUACACUGUACAAAAUUAAAUAAUACUAGAAAAAUGUAUUUGAACAAGUUUCAGCUCUUUGAUACCAGAUUUCAAAGAGCUGAACAACCUCUCCAAAUUAAAAAUACUCCUCGGAGAAGGAGAGCAGACACACCUUGCUGCCCAGUAUGUAUUAACAUGCCACAACCUGAGGGACAGUAAGUGAUCGAGGCACACACACACACACACACACACACACACACACACACACACACACACACACACACACACACACACACACUGUAUAUAACUAAUAUAAUUUUCAUAAUGUAUAUAUCUUUGAUUUAUUUUAUUGUAUUUGAAUACUUUGCUUUGGCAACAAAGCCCAUUUUGAAUUUGAAUUUGAAUUGAGAAAAAGUCAAAUUAUUGCAGCAAAAUAUGUCUCCUCAUGCCACGAACAGAG